GGGUGCUUCUCCAAGACUCGGUGCCCUCCUUUGCCAGGCAGCAUAUUCCCAGCUGCUGCAGACUGACCUUUUACCUUACCAGUGCCCUGAGGAACCUGAAGGUGACCAAGAAGAGAAGGCAGACGACAAAGCAGUCUUAUUUCAAUCAGAGGCAGUCCAACGCACCUUCCUGAAUAAACUGAUAGAUGUAGCACUGGCGUGGCACAGAAACUUCCCCAAGGUGGCUCUUUGUCCCUCUCGCAACCUCCAGUGCUCCAUUCAUGCCAUCAAAAACACCCGGAGAAAAAUGGAGGACAAACAUUUGGCUUUAGCCGAGUUCAACCAGCUCUUUGGAAUUCAGGAUGAUGUAGAUCGUGCUUACUAUGCUGUGUUUGAUGGCCAUGGAGGGGUGGAUGCAGCAACCUACGCUUCCACUCACCUCCAUGUUGUUCUAAGUAAACAGGAGAUGCUGCAGAGUGAUGCAACCACAGCCUUUAAAACAGCCUUCAAACGCACAGAUGACAUGUUCAGAAACAAGGCCAAGAGAGAGCUUCUCCGGAGUGGCAGCACAGGAGUGGCAGUACUGAUCCAGGAUCAAGAGCUGACUGUUGCUUGGCUGGGAGACUCUCAGGCAAUACUGGUCAGAGAUGGGCAUGUUGUUAGACUCAUGGACCCACAUAAACCAGAGAGAGAG